CCCGCCUGUUAAUCUGUGAAACACACGCCCCUCUCACCCCAGACACAGCCACCAGGAGGGUGUGCUGACAGAGAGAAGAGAGAGACUGAGAAAGAAGGGGAGGGAGAGAGAGGAAUGGGUGAGCUGACAAGAGGAGAGGGAGUGAAAGGAAAGAACUGCUGAGCUGGCGGAGAGCAGAUCAGAUAGAGACGGAGGACUGUCGAGCUGACGCAAAGUCUGAAGAGGGAGGUGGGUUUGAACUGGCGGGCUAACGGGGGAGAGGGAGAGAGAGAGAGAGGGAAGGACUACUGAGCUGGCCCACGCUGCACUUCUUCUCCAGCGGAAGAGAAGGACCGCGACCCUGCCCUGGAUGCAGCCUCAGACCAGCAUCAUGGUGGACCUCUUCAUUGGGAAAGUUCUAGUGCAUAACAACUGGGACAAGGACGAGCUGGACACAGAGAAGGAGAUCAUUCUCCGGCUCCAGAACCGCAUCCUGAUGUUGUUCUUCGGGUCGGGAGAGUGCGAACGCUGCCAGGAAUUUGUUCCCACGCUCAAGAACUUCUUCAAGCGGCUGACGGACGAGUUUUACGUGGAGCGCUCCGCCCAGCUGGUGCUCCUCUACGUCUCCAUGGAUACCACGGAGGAAAAUCAGGAGGAGUUCCUCAGGGACCUGCCCAAGCGCUGCCUGUUCCUGCCCUACGAGGACACCUACAGGAAGGAGUUGGAGGUGAUGUUUGAGGUAGAGGAGACCCCCACGGUGGUAGUGCUUCGGCCAGACGGCUCGGUCCUCUCCCGCAACGCCGUGGAGGAGAUCUGCAGGCUGGGCACCGACUGCUUCCAGAACUGGCAGGAAGGGGCGGAGCUUAUCGACAGGAAUUUCAUGAUGAACGAGGAGUUCGACAACAACAAAAUGCGGAGCAUCACAGACCCCAUACGCAGGCUUAAGUACAAGGUGGAGAAGAAAAAGAAGAAAAGGAAUGGUGAUGAAGAUGAAGAAGAGGAGGAGGAAGGACAGGGUCCAUGGGGGUAAAGGUGGAUGGUGACGGAACGUCCAGAUUUGUACCUAUCAUAAUCUGCUCCUCUUUAUCACACUGGGUCUUGUUAACCAAUCGAAAAACCCUGUCCCCUCCCCUAGCCCCAGUGCAAUGGUAGGCUGGUUUUACGCAAAAUCCAGUUCCAUGGUUGGAAUUACAUUACUGGUAUUUGGCAGACACUCUUACUUAGAGCAACUUAUAAGAAGAAGACAAGAGCAUAAAAUAGGGUUAAGAGCAACAGUAACCCUAGAGGUGGGAAGUAAAUUCUCAUGAAUCAGAAAACCGAGAAUGGACUGUAAUCUAGUUAAGUCUGUUAGGGACACUAAGAUAAAUAAUAACAAGAUUAACGAGAAUUAGACAAUAGCAAGAUGUACAACUUAGCAAAGUGACAAGUUCGCAGUGCAAAAAAAAAAAAAAAAAAUUAAAAAAACAACAAAAUUGAAGUGCUAUGAAAUGGAAGUCGAAUUCAACACAGUUUUAGCAGGCAAACCGUUGGCAGAAGUGCUCGGGAGGGCCAGCGGGAAGGAGCCAAUGUAUGAUUUGGAGAGCUGAGUCUGCUGUCUACGGGGGAAGGUGGGAAGUGUCUCUGCUAUUCUGACUGAUGUGGGGAGGCCAUUACCCGACCGGGUGGCCAGGACAGACAGCAGACAUAACCCGGAGUCUUCCCGGCCAAGAACAGAGCCUUGGAGGACCGCUGUGGAUACUGCAAGGUGGGAAGGAACGACCGGUGAGAUAGCACCAAGGCCAAUCCCGGGCUGUGCUGCGGGUCCCCAUUUCGGCAAGCAACGACAGGAGGAUCUGUGGAUCCACGGUGUCACAGGCCGCAGGGAGGUGGAGGAGGAUGAGGACAGAGGGAGAGGAAGUCUUCUCAAGCAGAGUGCCUCGCUGAUGGAAAGGAGCACUGUAUCUGUCAGUUGGUCAGGUCUGAAUCUGAAUCUGAAUACUGAUGUCGGUCCAACUAGUUACCUGAGAAAGUUAGAGAGUUGGUUAGACACAUCUCAUACAAGAAUUUUGGACAGGAAUGGGGACAGAGACAGGUCUGUAAUUAAUGAUGGCAGAGGGGUCAAAAGUAUGUUUCUUCAGUAGUGGGAGUGAUUUGGGUCAAAUCGAAGAAGGAGGUAGAACAUCCAGUGGAUAAGCAGGAGUUCACCAGACCAGGGAGGUGAUAAAUGGGAGGAUGUCAGAACCGAGGCUGAAGGAGAGAUAAAGGUGUCAGGUCCGAGGAGCACAGGUGCUUGGAUUUCGGGAGAGCAAGAGUUGAGAUUUGUCAGAUUUCGGUGAUGUAAUGAGUUGAAGGUGACCUAAUGAUUUUGUGUACUGGUGGCCACUCUGCAUUACCUGGUGGUGCUGUGGGAGGGAAUUAUCACCAUGGUGAUCGAGCUUGCUGAGAAAGAAUGGGGGAUGUUCUCCUAGACAGCUUAUCCAAGAUCUGCUGACCCCGACAUCUAAUCCAGGCUGAGACUGACCCCAGAUCAGUGGUAAGCAGUAAUCUGCCCCAGCUCAUAGUAAGAGUUGAUCCCAAAUCAGUGCAAGGUGGUAAUCAAGACCAACUCUCUGAGUAUGAGCUGAUCCUAGGUCAGUCCUGAGUGGCAUCUAUCUACCAACUCUCUACCUUUCAGACAGAGAUCUCAAACUCUAGUCCUGGAGGACAGCCAUGUCAAUGAGAUUGUUUUUGUGGUUUCCUUUCAAUGGGCAGCUAAUUUGGGCCAGGAUAAAAGGUGUGGUCUCUUUAGCCAAGAGCACACUGAAAACUGGCAGACACUGUAGCCCUCUGGGAUUACAGUUUGAUCAUUUUCUUUAAAAGCUGAUCCCAGGUCAGGCUUGGUGACACUCUUCGGAAAUUACAAAGGUAAAAAACCUGAUCAAUCAUGAUGUGACAGUGAGGUUUCGCAAAGGCAAAAAAAUGGCCAAGCUAGCAUCCUACUUUUAGCAACUCAGUGAUUUGUUAUCUGUGGACAGAAAAAACUUGGUUCAAAUGAGUUGCUCCAUCCACUGGGUGGUUCAGGAACCUUACUCUCCCUGCUAGAAACAAUUGACAAACUUUCAUCAGCUCCCCUCCAAAAUUAACGUAAUGUAGUAUCUCUGUUUGAAAUACACACUUCUAUUGUGAUGAAAUAAUAGUUACCAUGCAACAGCUGAUACGUCUGGGACAUGCUAUUAUUUGCACAUGGCAGGUUCAACCAUCCUUACAAUAUUGCCUGCUUUUGGACUUCAUACAUGUUACUAAUUGUCAUGGCCAGAGGAACAGAGUGGGCAACCAGGCGAUACGAGGUACAGCUGGCACUCAGCCAACCAGCAGAGCACCCCAACCCAAACACAGGUGAGGUGUUCAAGUUGAAGUAGCCUCAGAAUCCAGACGAUGAGGUCUCGAGAGAUCUCGAGAUACUCUCGUCUUACUGUCUAGGAACAGCACUGACCAUAGCGGUGAUAGGACUGGCCACACCAGGAACGUGACAACCUCGACAGAGGGGUGGUUUGAGGAAGUUUGAAACGCAUGCAUCCUCUCCCUGUCCAAUCAUUUCCCUGUAUCUCACAGUUAACCACCAUAAAAAACUUUAGACCCUGUCUUCAGUCUACUUGGUGUGAUUGGUUAGAAAGUAUGGCUUACUCCCUGAAAAGCAGGAACGUUUAUGGCUUUGAAUUGCAAUUCUAUCACUUGGCCUACAGGAGUGAGGUGUUAUUAUUACAUUGUAUUACACUACUGGCAUUUAGCAGACACUCUUGUUCAGAGGCCACAACAUUUUUACAUGACAUUUUGCAGCUGGAUAUAUACUGAAGCAGUUUUUGGUUAACUACCUUGCUUACAAUGGUGCAAUGGCAGUACCCCACCAGGGAAUCGACCCUGCAACCUUAAGGUUACCAGCACCAUUCCUUACCGAUUGUACUACACUCCCAUUAAGCUGCCACUCUGGGCUGCUGUCUGUCAAAUCUGCUGGGAAAGCAGUGCUGGAAACCACAUCUCAAAACCUUCAGGUCUGGGUAGCCAGCAAAUCCCACCCCCCCUUCCCAAUGUAUAUGGACCCCGGAAUAAAGAGGCCAUUUUCCAUCUCCCUGGCCAUAUGUUGCUUUUGGUUAUCCCUCUGAGCAGGUGCUAAUCACUACUAGGUGGUGGCAUAGCGUCUGUUCACUUAUGAAUUGCGUUGAGGGACAUCAAACAUACAUCAGGCUCAGUUACCUAUUAAAUGAAGCAAUAAAUGGCAAUUUAAUACUUGUGUAUGUUGUGUAUAUACUGUCAUGUUUAUGUUGUGGGGCAGAGCUACUGGGAACCUGGUGUGCUGGUUUUCGUUAUAACUGAACACUGAAUUGAUCAGUUAAAGCAGUUGCUUGCACUGUUACGCACCAAUGAAAACGAGCAGACAAUAUGGCCGUCCAGAGCUGUGAUUGGAUAGCGCUCUUACCAGGUCAUUCCUUAGUUCUUUUUACAGUACUGUUCUGUAUUUGUUGUAGUGCAGUCAUUCGAGUGGCCACUGCAAUGGGCAGGGCCUAAGUUAAUCGUUGCACGUAAUGUUCUGGUUUCAUUACUGCUUUUCAAAUUAAUGCAUUUUUGCUUUUUAUUUGUUUCGGUAAAACCAUGAGCCACAUUUCUUCGGCUGCUGUGCACUUUUUGUGGUAGUAUUUGCAUGGGGUGAUUAUGUGUAAAGAUCUAUGUAAAAAAAGGGUCAAAGUGUAGGGUUGUAACUGAAUUAUUAAUGUUUUGUGAGUUAUUUGUCUAUACAAUUCAUUCAUUUUCUUAGCUCAAAUCCAUUAUUUAAAUAAUACAAUGCAAAUAACAGGGCAUUUAGCAUAUGCUUUUAACCAGAGUGACUUAGAUGCUCCUUGCUCAAGGGUACAACAACAGGCCCUAAUUAUUCCCCCUGGGGAAAAAAAUCCACAACCGAGUCAUAAGUCUAGUUCUUUAAACUACACUACCACUCUGUUGCUAUUGUUUGAUGUCACAUUUAUUUUUGUAUGUAUGUUCAAUAAAAUAAUAAUAAUAAUAAAUUGGGGGGAAAUUAA